AGAAGGUCUCUUCUGCAUCUAAAACUGAAGCCAACACAGGGUUACUGGUUACAUGCCCCAAAUUCUGUGAUGCUAUUUCCUGCAGUUUAGUUGGUUUAAAUAGGAGCUUUUGCACUCUCUACCUUCUGGGACUUAGCCAUGGAUUGGGGUUGGCUUGUGGAAUUCUUAAAGGGUAUGAUCAAGCCUGCAGCUGCACUGGCUGUGGUGGCGAUGGCCAUAGCCAUGUCCUACUUGCAAAAGCUUGGGCUGGAGGGUGAAAUGGCUUACUCCAUUUUCAGAUCUUUUAUUCAGCUCUCUGUCAUUGGCUUUGUUCUCCAGUUCAUUUUCAACCAAAACAAUGCUCUGUGGAUACUUCUUGCCUAUCUUUUCAUGAUUUGUGUUGCGGGAUACACGGCAGGGCAGCGUGCAAAACAUGUGCCAAGAGGGAAGUUUGUGGCCGGAAUAUCCAUUCUGGCAGGAACUGCAAUGACCUUGUUCUUACUCAUCAUUCUCCAGGUUUUCCCCUUCACGCCACGAUACAUCAUCCCAAUUGCCGGGAUGAUGGUUGGCAAUUCCAUGACGGUCACUGGUGUCGCAAUGAAGAAGCUCAGGGAAGACAUAAAAAUGCAAAUGAACCUAGUGGAGACUGCUCUUGCUCUUGGGGCAACUCCCCGACAAGCUUCGCUGCAGCAGGUCAAAAGGGCCCUGGUGAUUGCACUAUCUCCUGUUCUGGACAGCGCCAAGACUGUUGGGCUCAUAUCCCUGCCGGGGGCCAUGACAGGGAUGAUAAUGGGCGGCGUGUCCCCUCUCGAAGCCAUCCAGCUGCAGAUCGUGGUCAUGAACAUGAUGGUCGGGGCCUCCACUGUUAGCAGCAUCACAUCGAUGUACCUUUCUUGGCCUUCCUUCUUCACCAAAGCGUAUCAGUUGGAAAUGACGGUCUUCUCCCUUGACUAAUACUUCUACAAUGAAUAUUUGAUGAUUAAGAAGAAUUGGGAUAGAAGAAAUUGUUGAUCAGAGAAACAUUGGGUUCAAAGCUGGACCUCUGCCAGUUGUAUUUUUACAUAUGAACUUCUAACUGCAUUCAAUACAUGAUUAACAUCAAA